UGGCGUAGGUCGGCCCAAUUAUGCAACAAUUAAGUGGCUCUUAAUUAUUCAGCCGACAAAGUUGAGCUCUGUUUUUCGACUUUGGCCGCCGUUGAUGAGCAGCAGCAGCAGCAGCACAGUUCGCAGGUUGAUCUUCAUCGGUUACGACAUCACUGGUUCGGCGUUUCUUAGUCGUAGCGAUUAAACAUGGCUUCUGCAAUUCGCAACUACUUUGGAGGAUUUACUGCAAGGGUGCGCUUUCGUUACAGAAGAUUCAUGCACUUUUCCACCGAAACGGAUUGUUUUGCCCACCUAAGAUGCCUGUGUUGCUUCUUCGCUAUGGACGGGCAACGAAGUCUGCGUUGGAUUUUGGUUCUGGCGAUCCUCACCGUUCCGAUGGCCUUCUUCGCCUACCAAAUUGCCGUUGGUGACGCGUUGAUCAGUAUCAGCUACUACGUGAUCUCGUUGGUGUUCAACGUGAUAACCCUGCUCAAGAUGACCCUGAUCAGGUUGUCCUUCGACAAGACCCGAACCCUGAUGGACUACUUCAACGAGCACGUUUUUCACCGGGAUGAUCCGUGGUGUCAUCGACUUCGUCGCCGAACCUACUUCACCACGUGGAAGAUCUUCGGAGCAAUGCUAACAUACGUGCUUCUAACCGCUCUGUUCUACCUCAGUACGACCCGUCCUUCGAGCCAUUACAUCGGUCUGGAUCGAACAGAGGUGACCUGGAUUCACGUGCUGCUCGUCCAAAUCGUGGCCGGUUGCACGCUACUGCACCUGGUCAUCUAUUCGGUGGGCAUUUUGCUGAUUUCGUUUUUGAUGCACUGGUUCCAAACCGAGCUGGAGAUUAUGGCCAACGCGUUCGAGAAGGUCUUCCACGGCGAGUGUCCCCGGAAGGUGCUGGGGAGGAAUGUGCUUAGGAGGGCUCGGUUGCAACGUGAGGAGGUUCGCUGGACUGGGAUUGAGCGCCGGUUGGUGUACUGCAUCAGUCGGCACGGGGAGUUUGUGGAAUUAAACAAACUUCUCCGCGGCAUUGCGCAGCCCAUCUUCUUCUCGCUUGGCUUCUACAUCGUGACCACCAUCUCAACGCUGAUCUUCGUGACCAUCAUCGACGGUAUCUUCAACUUGCUCGCCAUCGUCCACGUGGCCGCCGUGAUCGCCGAGUUCUACUACUACGCCCAUCUCGUUGAUGAGCUGGAGGACAAGCGCCACAUGAUCGCCAGGGCCAUCUACGAGCAGAACUGGCCAGAACAGAUGGUCUACUCGAACCGGGUGGCCAAGCACUACAAAAGCGUCCGGACGAUGAUCGUGACGGUGAUCAUGUUCGCGCAGCGCCCCUUCCCCAUCUCCUGCGGUGGGAUGUACAAGAUGACGGUUCCCGUGUUUACCACCAUGAUCGAGACAAUCUACUUUGCGGUGACGUUCCUUAUCCGGACCGUCAAAAUUCAACGUUAAAUUGCUGUUGUCAGAACAAAUAUUAAGA